AAGUGGCGUCAAGCUACCACAUGGAGCUGGAAGCAUUGAAACGUGGGCUGGAAGAGCUGAAAGACUUCAAUGUUGCGGUAGACACCCUAACAACAGAUAGGCAUGCCAGUGUGAGAAAAUACAUGCGCACAUCAUAUCCAACUGUGAAGCAUCAGUUUGAUGUUUGGCAUGUCUCCAAAGGCAUCCGCAAGAAGCUCAUGAGUGCGAGCAAGACAAAGGGGUGUGAAGCACUUGAGCUGUGGACAAAGCCUGUUGUCAACCACCUUUACUUCUGUGUCACUCACUGUGAAGGGGACACAGAGCAAGCUCUCUCAAUGUGGAAGAGCCUCAACAACCAUGCUUGCAAUGUCCAUGAGGGUCACGAGGGUUCUUAUACGCGCUGUUUGCACCCUCUCCUCGACGACACGAAGCGACCAUGGCUCAUUCCUGGAUCACAGCCGCAGAAAAAGCUAGCCAGUAUAACAUUGUCAAAGUACCUCCUCAAGGACAUCCCGAGCCUUUCUCCUGAUGUGCAGACUUCAAGCUUGGAGGCAUUCCACAGCCUCCUCAUCAGGUUUGCUCCAAAGUCUGUUGGGUACGGCCCCAAAACCAUGAAGUGCAGGACAUAUCUCGCAAUCCUGCAUUUCAAUGAGAACUCUGCCAGGGCGCAUGCUUUCACGGAGGACGGGGAACUACGCUAUCUUCUGAAACGGUCCAAGGUGUACUCUGGAGAGUAUGUUGCACUGCCCAUCAAGGAGGAGCCUACCUUCAACUAUGUGCACAAGCUUCUCAAGAAAGUGGUAGAGCUGUGCGAUAGGUGGCCUACGUUUGAUGCAGCAUGGGCUGCAAACCCUCCUGAGGAGCUCCCCAGCCUGACAAGCAGCCAGCCCCCCAUGGAUAAGCAGGCACUGAUAGAGGCCAGGCAACACCGCUUACGGCCUUGUGCAUGCUGCCUGUGCUGCAAAACUCCAGACGGAAACUUGUCCCGGAUGGCCCACACUACGCAGGAUGGCAGCACACGCCUAUCUCCCUCUUCGAGGCGCCCCCAAAGCCACGAUGCACAUUGUUUGUAGGCAACAUGGCGGUAUCUCCUCAAGGAAAGUGUUUGACGAUCACACAAGAAGCAGCACAAUUUGAGAUAAGACAUGUAAG